AUGAAUGGUUUUCGGCGCGGCUUUGCAACCAUGACGACCUCGCUAGCAUCGCUCAAGAAGUCCAAUAAGAUUGUCUGUAUUGGGCGGAAUUAUGCCGACCAUAUAACGGAGCUCAACAACGCGAGACCAAAACAGCCUUUCUUUUUUCUGAAGCCGCCCUCAUCCAUUGUCUUGCCAGGCGGUUCUUGUGUCCAGCCCAAGGGUAUCGAUCUGCACUAUGAAGUCGAGCUAGCUCUGAUCAUUGGCAAGACCGUGCGUGACCUGAAGCCAGAUGAUGAGCAGGGCGCCUUGGACGCCAUCGAGAGCUAUGCGCUUGCGCUUGAUAUGACCGCUCGUAACGUCCAGAACGAGGCCAAGAAGAAGGGCCUGCCCUGGGACAUUGCCAAGGGCUUCGACACAUUCUUGCCGCUGAGCCACAUUAUCCCCAAGGCCGCCAUUCCCGACCCACAUAAUAUCGAGCUGUAUCUUACAGUCAACGGCGAGAUCCGCCAGCAGGAUUCUACUGAGUUGCUACUGUUUCGCAUCCCCCGCCUUCUCAGCGACAUCUCCAAAGUCAUGGCCUUGGAGCCUGGCGACCUCGUGCUAACGGGGACGCCAAAGGGUGUUGGCCGAGUUGUCCCCGGUGACGUGAUGCUCGGCGGCAUUCGCGUAAAUGGAAAGGAAAUUGAGGAAGCCAAGCUGGAGGUGCCCGUUGUGGGUGGGACUGGUGAUUACGAGUCUUGUCAGACAUAG